AUGGCUACCAUUGAUAAUCAUCUGGGCCAAGACCAGAUAACCAGAGAUGAUGCACUUAAACUAUAUACCAGUGCGCUCAAUUUCAAUGUAAUCAGCCGCUACGAUCCCGCAAUAAGCCAAUUGGUAUGUCAUACAUCUCACUGUGUGCUUUACAAAUUCAACGAGGAGUCCGAAGAGUGGGUCAAAACAGAUUACCAAGGUGCUUUGGCAUUGUAUGAAAGAAGCGCUAAAAACGAAUCCGAGAUAGAGAAACCUUCUGAAUCUCCACCGCAACAAGAGUUCAAGUACGGCAUCAUAAUAUUGAAUCGUUCCAACCCCGAAUGCUUCUCCUUGGGAAUUUUACCUGAAUCUGGAAUGGAAGUAGAGCUAAAUGAUAAUCUAAUUAUUGUUCGAAGCCUUGUUGGAGAGAUAUAUGCAGCCAACAGAGGGUCUUUCAAUUCGAGCCAAACUCCGCAGGCAGUGCUGAGUGUACCUCCCAAGAACCAAGUCUUACAAGAGAAACAACAUCAACAACAACUGCAACAACUGCAACAACUGCAACAACUGCAGCUAAAGCAAAGGGUAAAUCUUCGAAACUAUCAUUUUGCCUCGACUACGGAAGAAAUACUACGAAAGUAUGCAAAAUAUCCUGCGUCGUUAAGCUUACAUAUUUUUGACAAUCACUACCGAUUCAACAAUUCCCAGGAUUCUCAAAUCAUACCCAAAAAUUCACCCAUGAUCAAAAGCUUUAUGGACCAUGUGUUGAAGGAGGAGAUUCCAGUGGAGUUGAGUGAGUUGUUGAAGGAUUUCUCGAUCAAGUCUUAUGAUGGUUGUCUCAUUUUGCAAGUGUAUGACCAUCGAAACAUGGUUGAGACAUCGAGUUUCAAAGCAAAUGCGUCGCCUUCAAAGGAUGCAAAACCUGCACCGAUUAUUGUGUCGAAACCAAGAACGUACAGGGUACUACUCAGGCCAACUCCACUAUCACUCUACUAUGAUUUGUUGUACCAUACAGAUUCUGCAUUGACGAAAUUCACCGAUACCUUAUCAUUGCAAAUGGAAUCCGAAAUUUUGGCCUUGACUAAUAGAGACUUGGAUCUCUCUGUGAAGACCAAUCCUUACCAUUACGAUUACUUGAAGCCUGAUUUUGAUGAGGAAGAAGGAAAGGCAGAAAUCUCUCACAGAGCGGGUGUCGACGCUCCAGUCCGCAAGGUUCACCAAGACGAAAUGGUGUUGCACAAAUCUUCCGAGUACGAGGAAUUAAUGUUGUUGUUGUCCAAUAGUAGCAGGCGGUUCGAACACACGCAGGAUAAGAAAUUGGUUGUUGUGCCCCCUGCAAUGCCAAGCGCCGCAUCCACACUGUCCAUUACAGCCCCGCCUACUAAAUCCAACAGCAAAGAAAACUCUGUUGCGGCUGAUUCCAAGGGGAAGAGAAAUGACAAAACCUCUAGCUCAUCGGCGAUUCCUACAACUGUUGCCAUUUCUCUGAACCCGGUUAGGACUUCUGGUCAGUUUAUGCGGUUGAGAUUGAUUGAAGAAAUACGGAAGAAAAGGGAGAUUGAAAAGAACCAACAAGAAGCCAAAAUACAGGCACAAGCGAAUUCAGUACAAAGUGAGAUGUUAGCGCAGUCUGGUGCAAUCCCUGGCUCAGGUCCUGCCCCUAUUGAGUCACCAUUUCCAUCAGCAAACAACUCAAAUCAGCCUCCUAUGGAUGCUCAAAUUGGUAACAAGCGGCAACAAUCUAAGUUGCCUCCAGCCGGUAAACGAGCUAGAAAGGAUACGAUACAGAAUCAAGUGGCUGGUGCAAAUGCUGCCAAUCAUGCCGUUCCUCAUGGUCCACCGGGCUCUCAAAUUCCAUUUCCACCAUCAAGUUCCAAUUCGCAAGUGCUGUCAAUGAAUAAUACACCUCUAAUGGGAAACCCCAAUGUGCCACAACAGCCAAAUAUCAACCAAGUCCCUACUCCCCAGCAAAUGCCAAUGAACACUCCACACAUGGGUCAGGGCCCAUUACCGAACGCAUCCUUUCCUCAUGCUUCUGGUGCAAGUCAAGGGAUACAGGGACCGCCUCCGCCACAAUUACAACAUGCGCCACAACAGCCAUCAUUGCAGCAACAGCAACAUCAACAAAUUUUCCAAAGCUCGUUGACUCCGGAGGAACAACAAGUGUAUAAACAAAUUCAGCUGAAGAUGAAUGCGUUGGCAAUUAUGAGUCAGCGGGGAGUUGCUCCAAAUGGCCAACAAUUGACUCCCCAACAUAAACAACAGGCAAUGCAGCAAGUUAAAGUUUUGCAGCAGCAAUUGUUGCAAAAGUUUCCCGUGUACUUUCAAAGGUUGAAGCAGUUCCAGCUUUAUCAAAAGCAAAAGCAACUACAGCAACAGCAACAGCAACAGCAGCAGCAACAAGUAGCAGCUGGUACAAGUGUUGGUGGAAGCGGGAGCCCAAACUUGAAUGGGCAGUUUAACAACAACAUGAUGCUACCCCAACAACAACAGCAGUACAUGAAUCAGUUACCACAGACCGGAGUACCGCCUAUGCACAAUUCUCAACUGGUAAACACCGCCGCAGCGUCCGCGCAGCAGUCCGGUGGACCAGAACCCAAAAAGAAAAGAGUUUAUAAGAAAAAAACGGCAAAGUGA